GGUACUCAGCCUUUGAUAAUCUUUGGGUCCUAAAUGUCAUUAAACAGAGCUCAAGGUAUCGAUGGCGCCAACCAGCAGCGGCGGCAAAAAACGUAAUAACUUUACAUGGAUAACUGUAUCUGUAGUUCUUGGCACCAUUUUUGGCCUACUGUUGCUUGCACUCAUCCUGAAAGGAAGAAGAAUAAUAUGUUUCCGUCAGACCUUGCCCAACGAUCGCCCUCUGCUUAAACCGAAAGAAACAGUCUCAACAGCUGCAAUAACAAACCCUCAGUUUUCUGAUCAAGAAAGACAAGAUAACACUUUACGGGGUGAAAUAGGAGUUCAACACUGCGCAAACAUUGAGGUUGUUGACCAAUCAAGUGGCCGCACUCCUCUUCUGACAACUCUUCAAGAAGAGCAAAGUCAUCAGCAUGAGAGAUGCACAGCAGCUCCCUACAAAAUCCCAAGACCUGCAAAUCCAUCUUUAGCUUCUGAUUUCAGGGGAAGCAUUGAACUGGAACAUCUGCACAACAACUUCUGCUCCCAAGUCGAUAAUUGCUCCACUGCCCCCUAUAAGGCUCCAAGAAAUCUAAAAUCAUCAUUACCUUCUAAUCUCAAGGGUGAGUCACCAUACACGCCAGUACAGAGUAGCAACGACUUGGAAGUGCCCUGCAAAAGCUUGAAACUGCUUGAAAAAAUCGGCGAAGGAGAGUUUGGUCAGGUGUGGAAGGGUGAGGCAAAGUAUGUGGGUCGUACUCAAGGUUGGUCAGAAGUGGCAGUUAAAAUGUUGAAAGAAGAAUCCUCCCUGUUGGACUCGCGAGAUUUGUGGUAUGAGCUGAACUUGCUGAAAAAACUUCAAGCUGUACCUCAUCCUAACGUAGUACAACUGUUGGGCUGUUUGACAAAAGAUAUCUUCCAAUGCGAAGGACGCGAAUUUAAGCCUCCUCUUCUUAUCCUGGAGUUUGUCCCACAUGGCGAUCUCCUUGGAUAUCUUAAGAAAAGUAAAGGAGAGACAGACGACUUCCCACGGAAAAUAUCAACAGAACAACUUUACAAAUUCGCAAGCGAUAUUGCACGAGGAAUGGCGUUUAUAUCAGCUCAAAAGGGAGUUGAACCACUGCGGUGGAUGGCAGUUGAAUCCCUGGAUAGAGAAGUUUUUACCACAAAAAGUGACGUGUGGAGUUAUGGCAUUGUCCUGUAUGAAAUAUUUACACUCGGAAAUUACCCAUACUCAGAAAUGAAGGGACACGAAGUCCAUAAAUACGUGUCAGAUGGUCACAGACUAGAAAGAACGUCACGUGUGA